UCUCCAAAUUUGGCGCCAAAAUCCCCUCCACCAUAACCUACUACAAGCCUUCGAAUUUCUCCAAUUUAGGCAAACCUUCGAAGUUCUCUCCAAACAAUUUCGAAAAAUGGAGCAGAUAGAAGCUCUAUUAUCAUCAUAACUUGCUACAAUUUCUCCAGUUUAGGACAAACCUCCGAAGUUGUCCAAUGGAGGAGAUAGAAUCUCAAUUAUCAUCAAACAAAUCGUUGGGUUACUCAACGUUGCUUCAUCUCUAGCAACAAUCUGGAGCCGAUCCUUCUCUCCUUCGAUUGCUCGUUGAUUCGUCUUCCAUCAUCGUCCACUAUAUUCUCGCCGAUAUCUACGAUAACGACGAGGAAAUUGCUGCUCAGAUAUUGAAGUGCUUGGGAUUCAUGAUAUAUCAUCCAUCUAUAGUUGGCUCAAUCAAAGGUGAUGAUGCCAGGGCUAUUGUUGAUUCCCUCAUUAAGGUCAUUACAACCACCAAGAUUAAGUCUGUUUGCAACUUGGGAGUCUGGUGUAUAUCAAUGCAGCAGUUUAACUCAUCUCUUCUAGAUGCAAAUUUCCAGUCUUUGCUGAGGGCAAUUACUUAUGCUCUUGACAAUCCUAUUGGUUCUCUUUCAAUCACAUUUGAGGCAAUGCAGGCUGUAAUGAAGUUGGCAAGUACAUCAGCUGAAAAUAUGAGAGCCAUGUCAAACAUAUGGGCUCCUCCAGUUUAUAGAAGACUCGUCAGCAGCGAUAAAAGGGAAAGAGACAUGUCAGAACGUUGUUUACAAAAAGUCUUGAGUGAGAUAUGUCCUCCACCAGUGAUUCUUUCUAAGGCUCUUGUCAUAGAUUUAAAGAAAACUUUGAUUUUCAUGAUGGAAGACCUGCUGAAUCAAGGAUUGAAGAUUCAAACUCUACAAGUAUGGAAAUGGUUUAUGCGUUUACUCGGACCUUAUGGAAUGAAAAAUAAGCAUUUGGUUAACAAAUUGCUUAACAUUCCGGAACAAACUUUUACGGACCUUGAUCCACAGAUUCAGAAUGCUUCACUGUUAUGUUAUUCAUUCUCUAAGUUUGACACAUAAACUCCAGAUUAAUUAAUGUGACUUGGUCAAGCAAAAUUCUGUCCUAGUAUUUGAUUAUAAUCAUGAUUCAUGGGAUUCAAUAUCCGCUGACAGUUAAUGGGGAUGUGUUUAAUCCUUAUUUAUGAGUACCCACUGAAAAAGCUGUUGUUUUGUUUGGACUACAAUAGUGCAUCAUUGACAAUAUUAACAUAUCUAGCAGAUUCUUAAUUU